UCCCAUGACCUCAAUCAAGAAAAAAGGAAAUAGGAUUGUUUACUGGGAAUCAUGGGAAAAAACACCUAACUGACUGGCAGCUCUAUUUCCUUGAUUUAAAAUUAAUCGAUGGUGCCUUUGUGUUGUGGAAAGAGGCUUUUUUCCAGCAUAGGUAGUCUUGCUCUUAAACCUGUCUCUACCACUCUUAAAAGCUGACUUUCUUGAAGUCUGUAAUCUCUGUUUUCUCACCUUUAAGGUGUAUAUAAAAAUAACUCAAGGUUUUAUAAGUGUUAAAUGAAAUGAGGUGUGAGUGGUGCCUAGUACAGUAAGGAGUAUAAAGAUGGCUAAAAAUACUCCUUUCUUUCUUUCCAUUUCCCAUUUAAUCCUAGUGGUUGUGUCUGUUUUCUAGAUCCCCAAAGUAUUCCUGUGUUUUCCCACCACCUGCUUUCCUUUUCCUGACCUAAACUCCACUUAAGAGUAAAAGACACUGGGACAUUUUCAAGAUAAGACUUUGGAAUCGAGACAGUUAUUUUCUGUAGGGUGUCAGAAGACCUGUGUUUUAACUGCGACACUGUGACCUAGGUGUUCUCAACAUCUGUAUUCAUAAAAUGGAAGUAAUGACUGCCUCUUCUCACUCUCCUGAAAUUGUUAGAAUAAUAGAUUAUAUCGUUUAAUAUUAUGUAUAUUCUAGACACAAAUUUUAUCCUCAUUUCUUUGAUUUUUGACUCGGAAGUACAAUAAUAUUUAUUUGAUUUGGGUUACUGGGAGGAAUAGACUUUCAAUAUCAUCGAGUGAGGAUAGAUGGAGGAGGAUCAGUGACUUAACUCAGUGUCACACAGUUUUUUUCACUCUGGCUAGUUUUGUUUUUUUUUUCUAUAGGUCCCAGAAGGAUUCCUGGAAAGUUAUAAAUUAAAUAAUUCAGAGUGCAUGUACGGUUGCUACACACAGUUACCUUCUUAGGCAGUAAAGGUGAUGUUUUUAAUUUUUUCAUAAUCUAUGCUUGGAUGGUUACAAUGAGGAGGAGCUCUUAAUAACCAGGGUUAUAUGGGGGAUUUUACAGCAGUUAAGAGGCUGGUGAAUGUUAAGUUUUCAAGGAGGAUGGAAGCGGAGGUUUACAAUAGUAAACCUUAUCUUCUGGAAAAUGUCAGUGGUAUAUUCUGUUAAUACUAGGAGAUGGCUCGUACACACACAAAAAAAGGAAGAGCUGAAAGGAGGAAAGUAUCUUAAUUGGGCUAAAGAAGCCUCUAUCUGGCUUAUACAUUUUUCAAGGCAAGGGUGAACCAAAUGGUUUCUCCAGAGACUGUUUACAUGGCCUUGUUCUGACUGUCAAGAAAUAGUGAGGGCAUUACUUCAUUCAGAAGAGCAGAGAUGAGACAGAGGGACUGGAGAAGAGAGGAGAGAGAGAAAAGAGGAUGAGAAAAAGUACCCCUUGUGAAUACUGUAUUAUAGCUGAAAUUUAAUGUCUAGUGUCCUGGAGUUGUGAUAUUUCACCAUUAUGAUUUUGAGCUUUUUAGUCAAGGAGAAGAAAAAAUGUUUCUGUUUUGACAUAUGCAUAGCAAUUUUUCCAGCUGUAAACUCUUCUAAUAAGGCUAGAGAUAUGCCAUCAGCAGUAGCACAUUAUGUACACAGUAGCCUACCACAGAGACCUAACUAAGCAGCUACUAUUAAAGUAUUUGGGGAGAAAAAGAAGAGAGCCUUAUUUACCCAUUUCGAUUACCCUAAGUGCUCUUUCAAUUUAGUAAUUUUCUUCUUUUCUUUUUGCUUGCAACUAUUGGCUUAACAUAGAUGAUCUCCACCAGCAACAGUGAAUGACUAAUUUUACAACAUGGGAGAUAAAGAACAGUUGAAUAGAUUUGCUGGAUUUGGUAUUGGACUUGCAAGUCUUUUUACAGAAAAUGUACUGGCCCAUCCUUGCAUUGUUCUACGCCGCCAAUGUCAGGUAAAUUACCAUGCUCGGCAUUAUCAUCUCACUCCAUUUACAGUCAUCAAUAUUAUGUACAGCUUCAACAAAACUCAGGGUCUAAGAGCCCUUUGGAAAGGAAUGGGAAGUACAUUUAUUGUCCAGGGAGUCACACUUGGAGCAGAAGGAAUAAUCAGUGAAUUCACACCUUUACCAAGGGAGAUUUCACAUAAAUGGAAUCCUAAACAAAUAGGAGAACACCUUCUACUGAAAUCACUAACUUAUAUAGUGGCAAUGCCUUUUUAUUCAGCAAGUCUAAUUGAAACAGUACAGAGUGAGAUAAUUCGAGACAAUGCUGGAAUUCUGGAAUGCGUUAAAGAAGGGAUUGGGAGAGUGAUAGGCAUGGGAGUGCCUCACAGCAAGCGGCUGCUCCCGCUGCUUUCCCUGGUCUUCCCGACGGUGCUGCACGGGGUUCUUCAUUACAUCAUCAGCUCCAUCAUUCAGAAGAUUGUCCUGCUAGUUCUAAAGAGAAAGGCUUACAAUAGCCAUCUAGCUGAGAGCACCAGCCCGGUGCAGAGUAUGUUGGAUGCUUAUUUUCCAGAGCUUAUUGCUAACUUUGCUGCCAGUCUUUGCUCUGAUGUGAUACUUUACCCACUGGAAACAGUUUUGCACCGCCUUCACAUACAAGGAACACGCACAAUAAUUGACAAUACAGACCUUGGCUAUGAAGUGCUUCCAAUUAAUACACAGUAUGAAGGAAUGAGAGACUGUAUGAAUACCAUAAGGCAGGAGGAAGGAAUGCUUGGCUUUUAUAAAGGGUUUGGUGCUGUUGUAAUACAGUACACGCUGCACGCAGCUGUUUUACAGAUUACCAAAAUUAUUUACUCUACACUUCUUCAAAAUAGUGUUUGAAAUUUAGACUCCUGGUUAGUCUAAAAGACAUCGUCUGGAUACUUCCUUACGAAAUUAUGAAGGAUAUGAGUGAAAUACUGGGGGUGGGAAAUGGUUUAGAAAGUAAAACUGGUAGCCCACACUCAUUAUAUUGACUCUUCACUUUUUAAAAAAGGCAUAGGUAUAUAUUUUGGAUUCCAAGUAUUCCAAAUUUGAAAACAAUAAAAAUAACACUCAUGAAUUAAAUUCUGGCUAGUGUAGCCCUCAUGCUGAACUAAAAAUGAUGUUGGGAAGAAGCAAAAAUUUGUCAGCAAACUGAAAACAAAAGUUCACACAGAUGAAUUUAUUUCAUCUGACUUUAAUAUUUAUUACAUGUUUAUUUUGCCUUCUAGACUGAUACUGGUAUGCCAUUCCUAAUAUAGCGUGUAGUGGCAGGUCAUAGUUUACCUUUAAGCAAAUAAAUUAUGUUAUCAGUGAUAAAGACAAGAAGGGUUAGAUUUGGCAGUCUGUAAGCAGGAACUGAGAGUUUUAAAUUGCAUUGUCCCUGAAUAACUUUAAUGGCUGUACAUUUAUUAUAUAAAGCCACUUAUAUGCAUACAUAUAACUUGGAAUUUCCUUCAUCCCUACAAAUUUUCCACUCUUAGAUCAGGUUACUGCAUAAAAUGAAGUCAUGUACCUUCUGCUUCAAUAUCAGGAUCAAACAUGAAAAGCCAAGGUACCCAAAUGAUUUAAGGCAAACAGCAUAUUUGUCCAUAUCCAAACCCGCCAUUUCAGUGCCAGCAACUUAAAAUUCAUCAUAGGUUUAUAAAGUUUGAUUUGCUUACCUAGUUUUAUGAAUCAUCAGGCUUUUAGAGCCACUCUUAACAGAGAUAGAAUGCAAAAUAAUCAUGGCAACUAUUCCUGUUUCCACAUUUACAAACUGUAUAUUAAAGGGAAUGUCACUUGCCUUUCAUUUUUGAAUGACUUGUCUUAGAGGAGACACGAUUAAAAUUCACCUGGGAAUUUGUGCCUCUUGCCUUCCGUAUAGUCAUCGUUGAAUAAUGGCUUCAAUUUUUACUUUCUUGUAGUUUUUGUUUAUAGUUUAAUUCUCGUAACUAGAUACACGUAAAGGAAAAAGCAGGAUUAUCCUUAUCACCUUUUAUUUAAAUUUGCUUGGAUGCAUCCUGAAGAAAAAUAGAAACCUUAAAGGAAGUUUGUCCUUUCUUUUUAUGGAUGAGAAAAAGAAGUACGUUUCAAGAAGUAAUAAGCAAAAAAGUUGUUAAUCACUUUAAUAAAAAAAAAAUUCUGUCUGUUCCUGAAUUGAAGUUGGUGGGUGAGACUCUGUAUAGUGAAAUGAUACGGAUUUGACUGAUCCAUCAUUAAACGUUUUGAAGUUUCAUUUCCUUACGUGAGUCAUCACUUUUACUAGGAAGCAUUUAGCACGCUGAAGUACAGUGACUUUGCACUGAUGUUGUCCAACCUAGAUUGCAUACAAAUGGAGAUCAGUUUCACUUGCUAAAUGUCAGUGAGAUGGUUACUUUUUGUGAUUAAUAAUAUUGGAACCAAAAAAUGAUAUCCAAAAAGCAUAAAACAGUAUAUAUGUACCAACUCUC